AUGGAGGCGGUGUUGUCUGUCCCCUUCCAGUUCCUGGAGUGCCCUAACCUAAAAUUGAAGAAGCCAGGAUGGAUUGCCAUGCCUUCGGCCAUGGUUGUGUUUAGUUUGGUCCUUGUGUCCUAUUUUCUCGUCACCGGUGGAGUAAUUUAUGACAUGAUCGUGGAGCCACCUAGCAUUGGAUCAACGACAGACGAGCAUGGUCGCCAGAGGCCAGUAGCAUUUAUGGAGUAUCGUGUAAAUGGACAGUACAUUAUGGAGGGCCUGGCCUCAAGUUUCUUCUUCACACUCGGUGGUCUCGGAUUCGUCGUAUUGGAAAGGUCAAAUGCUCCCGGAAUGGCACGUCUCAGCCGCAUUCUGCAUUUCUGCGUCGCCUUCAGUCUUAUCAUCGUCUCAUUUGUCGUGAUGCGCUGGUUCAUCCGCAUCAAGAUCCCUGGCUACCUUAUCGAAUAA